CCUCCAUGUGGUGGUAGACCACAACGUCCAUUAUUACUGACCAUUGCACAUGCUGAUGGAGCUGUAGUCCCAACAACUUCUCAAGGGCAUCAUAUUGCCUACUCCUGGCCUAAAACAUGUGCCAGGAGUGGGGGUGGGGUGAAGGCACUAAUGAGAUGUCUACUGAAUACUGUUCCAAAUCUUGUGUCACAAAAGUCCUGUGCCUCCUUUAAUUACUGGAUAAUCAUCACUAAUCAUUUUUCUCAGGGGCCUGUUUCAUAAUCUGUACCAUUGAACAAGGCUAAGUUCAGCCAUUGGUUGCUGUUAAAUAGUUGGUGAUUCACAUCUACAUUUCCUUUCCAUAUGGACUGCAUGAGCAAAUGUAUCUGCACCAGCAAGCCCCUCUCUGUGAACUGUCAAUGUGUCAGAGUGACCAAAAAUUAUUGCAGUGUGAACUCCUAGUCAUGCAGUAAUUCCCUCUCCAUCAGCACCAGUACAACUGUUCAAACAUUACAUUUUGGCCUUAAUCAAGAGCAUGGAUUAAGGCAGCUAGCCUUUUUUGCAGUCCAAGGGCCGCAUUGGUUCACUGUCAAAAGUGAAUCUUCACCUUUAAGCAGGGUUUUUUUCUGGAGUUUUUCACAUUGAAGAAAGAAAUACAGGUUAUACAUAUUUUUUUUAAUUACUGGCCACUGACCCACAAUUUGACCAUACUAAUUUGAGUGUGAUGGAAGAUGAAUUUGGAUGACCAAAAGUGCCUCCAACCACUUGGUAGCUUAGUUGUCUGUUACUUCCUGUCAAGUGGCAAUGAACAAUAGGAUAUAUCAUUUAUAUGGCACUUUAAAGAGUUUUUAAAACAACCCACAUCUAUUAUUAAUACAUAAUUAUACAUAAUAUAAGCAGAAGCAGCAUGCAUCAUCAGUUGGUGGUUGUUUUCAUUAAUGAUGAUGCAUGCUGCUGCUACUAUAGUGAAUACAUAAUUUUACUGCAGAAGCUUAGCUAUACCUGACCAGAAAUCCAGUUAUGAUCAAUCACUAUUUUCCUCGAGUCUAAAACUUUCCCAAGACGUUACAUGCACAUCAGAUGUGCCCCUAUAAUCAUAAUUUCAUUGUUUAUCCCUUAACUAUCUUGAGUUUAGGUACUCCUGCAAAUUUAUACAUGUAUAUGGUCACUUCAUGGUGUUCAGGUUCCCUCAGUCUGUAAUGUUGUGGUGAAAAUCACCAAAGCAACUUCAAAACUUGCUUCACUCAAAUGGCUGCAUGCAUAACAGUUUGUUUGAAUAAAUUAGCAUGACUGUUGAUUAACCCUUAAUGCUGAAACUAAACCAUCCUUUUUAUGGAGCUAUUCAUAGUGAUUAGUAGAAAGAUAAAAGUGGGUUCUUCGGUUCACCCAGAUUACCAUGUGUGUUGUGUGUUGUAUAGUGUGUGCGGCACAAACUGAACCUUAUCCUAUGACCUGCCUCACUGAAGAGACCAUAAACCAUACAAUGAUCCACUGGAUGGGACUGGGGUCCUAUUCUGAUACUCUCCCUACAGAUAAGUGUGUGUGUGUGUGUGUGUGUGUGUGUGUGUUGAUAAUACAUUUAUAAUUAGCUUAAAUGCCAGUUUCUCUGCAAAUGCAUUUUUAGCAGAAGUUAAAACAGGUAUUUCUUAAUCCCAUAUCAAGCCUCCUUCUGGUUCCUGUUCUUUGGCACACUUUCCCAAAUGAUUAACUUAUGUAGGUGACAAGAAGUCAUCUUCAGUGUUUCUUUGGAGGGGGGGAGUAAGCAGCAGCAACAGAAAAUGCACACAAAUAGCCAAUUCCUUAGGGAGGCUGAUAAUCAAAUCAAGAGGAUGGCAGGGGCUCUAAGAUGCAGAUUCCACUUCUGCUGACUUUUAGUUCAGAGUAUCUUAUUUGGGAAGGGGGUUAGGGGGAGACUUAAGUUCAAUCCAUUAAGUGCUGCAAAACAUACUGGAUGGUCUGUAGCAGUCUGGCAUACUUGCCUAUUGUGCUUUACACCUGCCCUGAAGGCUGAAUAUUAGCAAAGUGGCUAACAAUAAAAAAGUAAAAACAAUCCACAAUGAAUAUUAAACAAAGCAGAUGAAUUUCAGCUACCGGUAAGCGUGUGUGUGUGUGUGUGGCUGUCUGUCUGUCAACCAGAUGGUUGGCGUUUGGAGCCCACCCAGGAAUGGCUGUGGGCAGGAUUCCUGCAUUGCAGAGGGUUGGACUAGAGGACCCUUGGGGUCCCUUCCAACUCUGAUUCUGUGAUCUAAAGCCCUGAAGACAUGAGAAUUACUCACCGCAGGGGAAAUACCCCACAACCAGACUGCCAUAGCCCAGAUCUGCGAGGGUCCCCUGCCUGAAACCCCGGGAAGCCUUGUUUGAAGGCCCCUUCCCAUGGCGUGUGGAAACAGUAUGUUCCACCAUCAGUGCAGGCUGGGGUUCUCUUUGGGGGCUGCUGGGUGACCCCAUUGGGGUGCGAGAGCAGCGCAUCCACGGAGCCCGCAGCCCCGCCCCCUUUCCUUGCGCGUUCCCUGCCCCGCCCCGCCCCCUCCUUUUGACUGCUUUCUCCCGGCUUCUCCCAAGUGCCACGCACUGAAGGUUUAGAGGCAGAGGGAGGGCGGGGACCCGAUGGCCAAUCAGAGCCGCUUUUGAGCAACACCCCUGAAGGGUUGCGCCAAUGAGAGCUGGCUCGAGGUAAAUAGCAGCCCGAGCCUCCCGGGGAGGUUGGAACUUGUGGAGAUUUUUUGUUGUUGUUUUUUGUACUUCUAUAAGACUCGAUGGAGGGGCGUUGGCAGUCCUGGAGGACAAUGUCUAGUUCAUAGGGCUGUGCCCCGCAAAUAAUUUAAGGAGCAGGCUAUUACUGCGCGAAUUGAUCGGAUGUGCCUUCCUGGUCGUUUUGCAAAUACUGUACACAAGAAAUCUUGUGGAUAAAGGAAAUGGAAAGUUCAAUUUGAUGAUCUUAUGCUGGGGUGAAGGCCAUGGCAGCAGUAUCCAUGAUCACACAGAUUCACACUGCUUUAUGAAAAUGCUUCAAGGAAAUCUAAAAGAGACGCUGUUUGAGUGGCCUGGCAAAAAGGGGACUGGAGAGCUGCUGAAGAAAUCCGAAAGAGUUUUGAAGGAAAACCAGUGUGCCUAUAUUAAUGACUGCAUUGGCUUACACCGUGUGGAGAACCCAAGCCAUACAGAAACUGCUGUUAGUCUUCAUUUGUACAGCCCACCCUUUGAAGCUUGCUACACUUUUGACCAAAGAACUGGACACAAGCAAAAAGUUAAAAUGACAUUUUAUAGUCAGUUUGGAGAAAGGACCCCAUAUGCAACAUCAGUUUCACAAGAGAACAACUGAAAAGCACAAGGCCGGCUGGAUGGUUUAUUAUUUGAACUGGAGCAGAAGGAUUGUAUGAUUGAUGCCAGUGCCAAGCUGUGUCUGAAUAAUCUCUAUGUAGGACAACAGUAGAACAGCUAUUUGGUCAAGUAGUUAUCAUUCACGAUUCCUCUGCUCUUGAACACUAAAGGGAGUAGUGCCAUGUAUUCCUGCAGAGUUCAAAUGACUCUCACAACCUACCAUGAAACCAGAGUCUUUCCCCAUCAUUUUUACUUUUGAGACUCUGUACACAAACUACAGCAUUUGGGCUUUUAAGUAUGACUUGACUUUCUUAACAGCCCUAUCUGUUUGAAUGUAUGCAAUUUUUACUAGUAAUGUAACUUCUUGGUGUCAUCUGUACUGUGUACUGUAUACUGUUAGCAGCUUCAUUUUAACCUGGGUUUAAUGAUCUGUUGGAACUUAAAAAAAUUGUUUGUGCAUCUUAAAAUCUUAUGUGUAAGAUCUGAUUCUUUUUUUAAACAAAAGAAUAAAAUAGGAGCAAUAAUGUCUUGUACCAACACAUAUGUCCAGGCCAGGAGAAAAUGUUUGUUAAUAUCUGUUAAAAGUUAAUGAUGUUGAAUGGGAUCAAUGGGAUCAAUUUUUAGUUUUUAAAGUGAUUUGUAUCAUAACUUGCCCCAAAACCUAAAUAAAACUGAAUAUGGGCACACUUCCCCA